GUCAAGGAACAUGGUGGGUGCAUACUCUCUUCUGCAUUCUUGGACUAUUCUGUUCAUGACGAAGAUCCUCUGUGCCAAAUUUUCAGGGAUCAAUUCUUUCAAGUUCUUCAUGGCAUAUAAAGGUUCCUUGAUGGACGACCUCCUCCUUGAAGGCUUACAGAAAUGCAAGUCUCUUGGUGCACUGGCUAUGGUUCAUGCAGAGAACGGGGAUGCUGUUGCUGAGGGACAGCAGCGGAUGAUUGACCUUGGGAUAACUGGUCCAGAAGGGCAUGCUCUCUCAAGACCUCCAGUUUUGGAAGGCGAGGCAACUUCACGGGCAAUUCGAUUAGCAAAAUUCGUCAAUACACCGUUGUAUGUUGUUCAUGUGAUGAGUACUGAUGCAAUGGAAGAGAUUGCCAAGGCUAAAAGAGAAGGUCAGAGAGUCAUCGGGGAACCUGUGGUAUCUGGGCUAGUCCUUGAUGAUUCUUGGCUUUGGGAUCCUGACUUUGCAACUGCUUCAAAGUAUGUGAUGAGUCCUUCAAUCCGGGAAGCAGGGCAUAAUAAAGCACUUCAAGCUGCUCUUUCAUCAGGAAUAUCACAGGUGACACGCUUGAAUCCAGAAUCCCACCUUAAUUUCCUGAAGUGUGAAGUUGUGGAGUCCUUAAAAUAAAGCGCUUCAAGCUGG